GGGCGCCGCCAAAUAAACGAUAUGGCUCUCACCAGGUCCGGGCUACAAAAAGAUGUUUUAUCACUGUAUAGACGGGCACUCCGGAUGGUGAGGACGAAACCUCCAUUAACACAGCCAAAAUUUCUUCUUGUUCUUCGGUACACAUUCCACGCCAAUGCAUCAGCCAUAUCUCCUCGAAACGUGAGCGCUAUUGAACAUCUUCUUCGAAAGGGUACUAGGCAAAUCGAGAUGUACGAAGACGAUGCGGUCAAGGAUGUUUGGGUUUCAUCGGAAAUGCUUCAAUGGCAAGACAGGUGGAAAACAAGGGAAGGCGCGAGCCCGCAGGCAACACUCAUAGAGAGACUUUCAGAUGGAGGCCUGGGAAAUUAAUAUCAUGGUUAUCCAGUCGCGACG